CAUUUAUAAUUCAGCGUAUCAAUAAAAUCAAUAUCCAAAUUAAUAUCAAUAAUGGCAGCCAAAGUAGUAGCAAUUUUGGUUUGUGCUCAAAUUUUCCUCCAGAUGAUUUCUGCUCAAUGCAUCGGCGCCGCAUACGACGCUGGCUGGAACUCCCGACGGGCGGCACCGCUGGCUGGCCCCGCCCUGGCCAGUCCGCUUGCUGCCGUGGACUACCCAGGGUACUCUCCCUACACCCUCGCCGCUUCCAACGGCGGAGGCUUCGCAGUGUCCAGCGCUUCGCCGAUCGCCCCAACCGGUGUAGUCGUCCAAUCUGAAAACAUCUACGAUGGCCCAGUAUACGUGGCGGGACAUCUGCCCUUCCUUAGCGUCAUAGCUCUCGAGGGACCGCUGCCUUCUCUCGGAGCUGGUGUCGUGUCCUACGGCUGCGGUGAUGGCAACGUGGCCAUCCUGAGCGAGGAAAUCGCUCCAGCUAGUCCCGUUGGACCAUGCGGCUACGGCUCCAUCGGUCCAGGCUACGGCCCUGGACUGUAUGGUGGUCCUCUUGGGUUUGGAGGAUGUAGAUUUGGAUUGUUCUAUUGCGCCGCAGUAAGCAGAUUAAACGUGUUUCUCGCCUUCAAAAUAACAAACAAAAUUUCAAACCAAAUCAUGUUGCUCAGAGUUAUUUUCCCAAUGAUUUUUCAAAUUCUUUUCAAACAGAUUGCAGCCCAGUGUAUCCCUGCGUGUGGCGGUCUUAUUUCUUCACAAGCACCUCUAGAGCCAUUCCUUUCAUCACGAUCGGGAGUUCCCCCGUUGUCGGCAGCUAUAUCCCCUAUAGCUGCGGCCGAAGCGAUGGGGUUCCCGAGAGGAUUCGCUCCUUCUUUUAGAAGUGGGUUCGCUAUCCAAAGCAAUUCGCCGGUCUCCGCUUCUGGGCUUUCCAUAAGAUCGGAGAAUGCUUACGAAGGUCCCAUACAAGUGGCUGGACGUCUACCGUUCCUUAGCGCUGUAGCUGUUGAAGGCAUGGUACCCAGUGUUGGCGCUGGGGGCGUAUUAUAUGGGUGCGCGGCGAAAGACUUUGGUAUAGUGUCGGAGGACUUUGGACCUGUCGUCACGAGGGCUGGUGGUCUACCAGGUGGGCCUGUUUAUUCAGGCCGUGUUGUUUUGUAGACUUAUAACUAUUAUUUAUGUUAUUUAUUUGUAAUAAAUAAGUUGAUUGUUA